AUGCCUCCUCCACCUCCCCUUCCCAAGAGUGUUCUGGGUCGCCACCGUCUCUUGGCACCCUCGGCCUCGGUGCGUGUCAGUCCAUUAUCGCUGGGUGGCAUGAGUCUGGGCAACAACUGGAAGGGCAUGAUGGGUGAAUGUACCAAGGAGCAGGCAUUCGAGCUCCUGGACGCAUACUAUGACCUAGGCGGUAACUUCAUUGACACCGCGAACAUGUACCAAUUUGGUCAAAGUGAGGAAUGGAUCGGCGAGUGGCUCCAGAAGACGGGCCGGCGAUCCGAGAUCGUGCUCACCACCAAGUACACAUUAUCACCGAUCUUCGGCAAAGCUGUGCAGCAGAGCAACUAUGGUGGAACGGGCACUAAGAGUAUGCGUGUGGCCAUCGACGACAGCAUGAAGCGUCUCCAGGUGGAUUACAUCGAUAUUUACUAUGUCCACGCCUGGGACUUUGCUACCUCUAUCCCUGAGCUGAUGCAAUCGCUCAAUGUCCUCGUCCAGCAGGGCAAGGUCCUCUAUCUGGGAAUCAGCGAUACGCCCGCUUGGGUCGUUUGCAAGGCUAACGCUUAUGCGCGCGAGCAUGGUCUUCGUCCUUUCUCAGUUUACCAGGGUCGGUAUAAUGCUAUGAUGCGUGAUCUCGAGCGCGAUAUCAUCCCUAUGUGUCGGGAUGAGGGCAUGGCUAUUCACCCGUGGGGUGUACUCGGCAGUGGAUACUUCCGCUCACCUGAUGCUGCCCCUAAGGAAGGAGGUCGUCAAACACCCAACGUCAAGACGGGCCGCGAAGAGCAAGUGUCAGCUGCCCUGGAUAAGGUCGCCAAGCGCCACGAUGUUCCUAUCACGUCCGUCGCGCUCGCAUAUGCCAUGCAAAAGUCUCCCUACAUCUUCCCUAUGAUCGGUGGAAACAAAAUCUCUCAACUCCAGGCCAAUGUUGAGGCUUUAAGCCUGGAGCUCACCCCCGAAGAUAUCGCAGAGAUUAAUAGGGGCUACGACUUUGAUCUUGGCUGGCCCCACAACUUCCUCAACUUGGCUGGGUUUAUGCCUGAGGGUCCACAGCACGUCUAUUUCCUCGCGGGCUUGGGUCAUUUCGAUUAUGUUGAGCCUACAGUUGCAAUCAGGCCUAAGAAGUAG